AUCUGCUGGCGGAGAUCUGCUGGCGGGGCUGUCAGUGCUGGCGGUGCGUUCUCGGAGCCCGCCGGGGAGGCCACCAGUGUCCCCCGCCAUGACGUCGCAGCCCCCACUCGGGCUGCGGAAGCGGAGUGGUUCGGCGCUAUGCCGGGCAGGCUGGGCCGGGGUCGCCUCUCCGACAGCGGCGGACCGCGGGGAAGCCCUAGAGAACGGCUUCCCGCCCCACAAGCGCCCUAAGAGCUCGAGGGUGACUGGGCGUGACGAGGGACCGGGAGAUCCCUUCGGUGACAACGACGACUUUACAGCGGACGACCUGGAGGAGAUUGAUGACAUCUUGGCUUCGCAGGCGCUGUCCCAAGAGGUUGCCGGGCCCCCCACGCCCCGGCCAGGCCUUCCGAAACAGACGUGGGGCGGCUCCGGAGCAGGCAGCGCUAAGUGGCAGGGUCUGCCCAGAGCCUGCGUCCCAGCUGCGGAAAGGAGCCCGAAAGCACAGGAGGACAAUGUGAUGAGAGAAGCCUUCCAAUUUGAAGUACUGCAAACACAGCAUGAAGAAAUAAAACAGAAGCUGAAAGAAAUGCAAGAUGAAAUUCUUACUAAAAAUGGAGAAAUUAAAAUUUUGCGUGACUCAAUGCAGCAGAUGGAGUAUGCUAUGGAGGAACAGAAGAGAUCAUAUGUGCUGUUGGAACAGCAAAAAACCCAGACCUUAAGUGAAAAAGAAAAGGAGUUCUCCAAAAAGUUGCUGUCAUUGCAGUCAGAGUUGCAGUUCAAAGAUGCAGAAAUAAAUGAAAUAAGAGCACGACUUCAAAACUGUGAAAGAAACAAGCAUGUUACUCAGACGGUUUUAUCACGAAGCCCUAAAAAGAAUUCUGCAAUACAAGUGAAAUCAGAAGGAUCUUCUCCACAGCCUGGGAAAAAGUCUUUUCCUACAAAGGAAUCCUUCAAUGCUGAAACAUCCACUAGACCAUCAUCUUCUUCAGGAAAUUUGAUUGCCCCAACUACUGUGAUCAAAGAAGACAGUAAGAUAACCCACCCUGAAGUUCUAUCUGUGAAGUAUGAAGCAGUGGCAAGAAACGGUUCCUACAACUCUGUGCCUAAACGAAACACACAAGGUUCUAUCCUACUAAAUGCACUGAUGAAGCAGCCCAUUGUCCCUGGGUCAUCAUUAGGACUCUGCCAUCUUCUUAGCAGCAGCUCUGAGCCCCUACCUGGAGCAGUACUGCAGCCUAACGAUUCAGAAAGGAAGUCCACACAACCACCCAGCAGCAAGACAGCUUCAGAAGAAAUUGCUCCUCUUGUGUCCCUGCCAGAAGCUCAAAAACUUGCAAUAACAGGAUUGAACUUGAUUGCUUUGGAUGAAGGAUUAUAUGAAGGAAACCCAACAGGAAGCCAAAGAGAGAUCUUCCACAUCACAUGCUGCAAGAUCCGAGGUGCUGUGCACCUCCUGCCCUUGAUAGAACACCACAUUGGUGCAUACUGUCAAGCGGUACAGUUAGCGGACAAGUCAGUAAAUGGUUCUUGUGGAGACCAUUCAGCCCUUUCUUCCACAACCAACACAAAUAGAGUGUCAAGUAAGGAGGACUUCAGGUUGUCUCUUGAAGAAACUACACUCAUAUCCCUGGGUGUUCUUUAUUAUUUGGUGUUUUAUAGCUGGGAUGUUGUCCACACUUUGCUAUCUGCUGAAGUGGAAACAGGUUCUGCGGCUGGAGAUGAACAGGUUUCCAAGAUGGACAAAAAGGUGGUGUGUGAUUAUCAGUCUGAUAAUAAAGAAGAUAACAGGACACAAAGAGGGCUGCCUGUAGCUCCCCAGGAUGCUCCCAAUAAGGAUGGAGUUCAGCAUUCUUUGUUUAAAAAGCUGCUUCAGGUUUUAGCUUUUUCUGCUGCAAGAGAGGCCCAGACUGACAGUAUACUGAACCACAGCCUAAAGGUUUUGGUGAAAUUAGCUGAAAAUUCAACAAUGGACUUGCUAUUAAAUUUUCAGCACUUGCUGAGUAAUCAAAUACUGCUCCGGUGUCUCUGUCCAGAGACCUCCCUGCCUGCUGUCCUUUCAACUGUCAAACUGUUGUGCAUUCUUGCUCAACACCACAUCUUGGCUAGCCAACUGUGUUCCCACUCAGACACUUGCCUUCUUCUUGCACUGUACAUGUACAUUACAUCAAGACCAGAUAAAUCAGCAUCUGAAACGCUUUGGCUUCAGCUGGAACAAGAGACAGUCAGGCUCCUGAGCAGAUGCAUGCGGUGUUCCAGACCAGCGGUUUUACUACCUGGUUCAGACUGCCAGUGUAAUCUUGAGGUGGUUAAGGCACUAAUUAUAAUGUUACACAGACAGUGGGUGAAGAUUAGAAGAUCUGAGAAAAGCUUGUGUGCACAUAAGGAACAAGUAAUUCAGUUUUUACGGGAUGCUGUUUUACUCUUGCACAGCCUAUCUCAGAAAGAUAAACUGUUUCAUGAACACUGUUUGGAAGUUCUCCAUCAGUAUGACCAAGCCAUGCCAGGAAUAAGAGCCAUUCUCAAAAAGACUCACAAACUGAGUGCCUGUGAAGAGUUGAUUUUGGAUGAAUUAUAUCCUCCUGAGCCAGAAGCAGAAGACCAAGGAAUGGACUCCAGCUAGCUAACAUACAGCCAAGAUCUCUGUCCUUCCUUCUCUGCAUAAUAAUCAUCGCCAGUGGAAAUCUCCAAUUUAGAUCUGUUUUAUUAAGGGAUAAUCUAAAGGCAGCACUCACAAAUGCAUCACAACUGAGCCAUUUCUUUGUUGUGGCUAUUUUCAGUGCUAUCUAAAUGUAGCUGGGAGCAAAGGAAUAUCAAUGUAAGAAUGAUACUGUGAUGUACUGUUUUGCUAUGCAAAACCACUUGAUGGCUCGUGACUGGUUCUCUUGGCGAUUUUUGUCCUUUAUGAGACUGUUGCAAAUGGAAUGGAAAUCUCACUCGUGGAUUCUACAUCUUACUGUAACUACAGCUGAAUUUAUGAUGCUGAAUGUGUGCUGAGGUGGUGGGGAUCACCUUUUGAACAUGUUUGUUUCUUCUGUAGCUGUAACACUUUUUCUUGACUUCCAAAAUUUUCAUGUUGUUGUUAGUAAAGAGUUGGCUGUGAUUUUAAAAACCUUUUUAGAAAUGACUUCUGGUUGGCAGGUUAGCUGUAAGCAAGACAUUCAAAGCCCUGUAACAAUCACCACGGUCACUCAUUUUUCUGAGCUUCAUCACCAUCCUGCAAGUGCAACUAUUAGAUGCCAAAACAAAAAUACACUAGAACUUAAUUAAAACGUUACCUUAUAGUAAGAUGGUGAUGUUGAGGAGAGUGUUCUGUCUCAGUAAGAGAGAGGAUAUCAAAAUGUGUGCAGAAUGUAGUAUCUAGAAUGGUGAACAUCUCACUCCCAUGGUACUCCUGGAAAAAGAACUGUUGCUGCAUCAUUUCUCAUGUCCAUGACUGUCAGCUGGGUAUCAGCUGAACCUUAGGCCCUAGAAAGGAAAGGGCAGUGCAACUCACCUGAGCCUACAGGUUUUUAAAUAAUAUGGACAGCUUUUUUCUUUUAUUUUUUAUUUUUUCUUCAGCAGAUACUUGACUCAGAACAAGUCUACCUGCAGGAUCCAGAAGAAAAGUACUACAGGGGGAAGGAAGCCCUAGGAGAACUGGGAAACAUUCAGUUCUCUCCUCAUAACCCAAAGAGGUUGUAUCCUGUUCUGGUGUGUCUGGGCAAAGAGCCCUACUCCAGUGUGAGGAACAAGCUCUUAACUUGGCUUUUGAAGAGAACUUUCCCAGAAAUGGCUACACAGCAAUAAUCCAGCAUUUCCCUGGGGCUAAAGCUCCUAGAUACAAAGCUUCAUUCCUUCCUCCCACAACACAGCUAGGGGCUAAGUCUCCUCCUCUUUGAGCUCCACUAGGCAUGUCCUGUUUAUUUCUAUUAAACACAAGCUGCCAACUGCUCCUCUUAGUAACAGGCUUCAAGUGCCUUGUAGCAGCUGGAGCUCUGCCAUUUUCCUCUUUAAAUGCAAGAAGGGAAGACACACAGGCAUGUAACAGCACAACCUUCUGCGUCCAUGGAUGCUUGCACAGCAGCAAUCCUAGAACUGCAACCAGGGCACUGCACAAAGCAUACCACAGGUAUUCCAGCAUGACAUAAAACCAUUUCAGUUGUCCACUUCAAGAAACAAGCCCAUAGCAGUUCUGGCCUUUUGGGUAAGAGGAGAGCCUGAGAAUGUCAGGUUGAAGCCUGUUCAUUAAUGAAACUCAAAACACUUAAGAUAAUUCCUUAGGAAGAGUCCCGUGUGCAUAACCAGUGGUGAGGCAGCAUCUGGCACUAAUCCUGCUGUGAGGAGCAGACUUACAGCUGCCCUAACAAGGCUAUGAUAGUCACAACAUAAUGCAAUGACCUGCCAUCACUUUUCAACUGCCCUAUGCUGUUGUCACCACCUAAUUUCUCUAAACAAUUGGUUUAUAGAGAUAAAAUUAAUUUUAACUCCUUUGGGUAAACAAACCAAAUGAAGUGUUAGGAGUUUGGAUGAAAACAGUUAAGGAAUCACAAAUUUUUGCAGCAAUCUGCUUAAAAAAGUUUCAUUAAAGAAUUCCUGGCCUCA